AUGGUAUCUUCCCCGGAUAGUGGAGAUGAGAUAGGUGCGAGUCAUCGCCCAGUCCGGAAAAGGACUAGAACCGGCUGCAUCCAGUGUCGCAGCCGCCGUCGCAAAUGCAAGUCCGAUCUACUCUUCUUUUGUAAGAAUGCGACAGAAGCUAAUACCAUGCAGGCGAUGGGGCACGACCACGAUGCCGUGGUUGUGAAGUUCGAGGCCAAAUUGUCAAGUCAUGAAGCGGCUUCCUUACGUGAAGUAGAAGAAGGGCGAGGGAGGAGGUCGAGUCGGCAUCAGAAAUUCGUUGAUGAGACCAACGCCAUCAUCGACGGAUACUCGACACCUGAUCACCCUUCCUGUGGAUCUGAUCUUCCAGCCCACGAUGAAUAUUUGCCUAGCCAUGACUCUCGCCCAUCCUCACAACUUAUUCCUGGAGAAUUGAGCGUUGCUGAUUUUUUUACACAGCAACCGGCUUCUGACGUUCCAGCAAGCCCAAAUGGUAACCAUGACCUAUCCCCGCUGAUUCAGUCCCAGCGGAUUCAUUUAGUGUCCAAGCCUACAACGACAGAUACACAAUCUCAUCUAUACCCUUUCCUGCUAGGCCAGGCUAGGACAAAGGAUGCAACCCCUCAGCCAGUUCCGCAACUUCCAGUCACAGAUGAGGAGAAGCUUCAACUUAUUUCCGCCUUUACACGGGAGACAGGUACCUGGUGCGAGACAACUGACUCCCAAAUGCAUUUUACCGUGAAAAGCAUCCACGAAAUGAUGAAAUCAUCAUCCUUUGUCGCAGCUGCGCUAUCACUCGCCUCUCGCCAGCUAGAUUAUCUUCAGAAGCGGCAGAGACCUGUGACGUUAGAGCUAUACCAAUUCACCAUUCAGUUGCUUCUCGGCCAGGAUCCCGUACAAGCCGACACGUCCAUUUUGGCUACUUGUACUCUUCUCUGCGUUUACGAAAUGAUGGCCUCGCGAGUCGAAGAAUGGAGACGGCAUUUGAAAGGCUGUGCGGGAUUUCUACGGGCCCAAAAGUGGAAUGGGUCUAGCGAAGGCAUAGUGAAAGCGAGCUUCUGGGCCUUUGCUCGAAUUGAUGUAUGGGCAGCCUUUAAUAGCGGCAAAGCGACGUUAAUCCCAACAGAGUCUUGGGUAGACAAUAUGUGUAUCGAUUAUGUUUUGGCCAACGGAGACUUGGAUGACUAUUGCAAUCUUGCGAUCUUAAUCUUCGCUAAGAUUGUGAAUAUUCUGUCAACUCCCCAGCAAUAUAAAAGAGAAGUGAGGGCAGCUAAAUUAAGGGCCUCAAUUUGCACCUUGUGGGACGAAAUGCAGGAGUGGUACCAAUUGCGACCAUCAGAGACCGGCCUCGUUACGCGGGGUCCGGAAAAUCUAUAUACAUCUUCCCAAGAAGACAUUGGUAACAUUAUCUGGCACGCACGAGAACUGGUCGGAACCUCCAUUUCAAACCCAUCUCAGUAUGUUGAGCUGCAAUCUUCCUAG